AAAGUUGCGAGUCGAAAGUGCCUGAGCCGACCGACGACGAUGUGGUCCCGCAUCCCCGCCGACGGGGAGUCUAGAAGGCCUGCAGCUGCUGCGUCAGGAUGAGCUGGCAGCCGCUGUUGACGUGCUCCAUGACCUUCUGCUUGAGCAGAGCCAGCUCGUCGCGCAGCACGUUGGCAGACGACACCAGAUCGGCGUGCUGGCUCUUCAGGCCCUUCACGCGAUCCUCCAGGCGAGAGAUGCGCUCCAGCUUCCGUUUCCGGCACUUGGACGCGGCCACCCGGUUCCGCAGGCGCUUCCUCUCGGCCUUGAUGCGCUCCUGGUUCUCCAUGUCGAUGGGGGAGAGCGGCGGCGUCUCGCCGGGCAUCUCGGGCACCGUCUGCGGCUCCUCUUUCAGGGAGCGGAGCCUGGAGCGCUCGGCGCGCGCGGCCGGCGGGGGCGCCGGGUAACAGGCGUCGGCGGGCGCGGCCCGGUGGAAGCCGGCCAGGUCGGUGUAUUCCGGAGGCUCGGGGCGCACCGUGCAGCUGUACGGGUUGUGGCCGCCGGAGCCGGCGGUCUGCGGCGCGUCGGGGGGGGCGCCGGCGCUCAUCUGGUGGUAGUGAAGCUCGGCCAGAGCCUUGGCGAAGCCUUCGGCGAAGCCCUCCUGCUCGUCGCUGAUGAUCUUGGGGCAGGCGAACUGGGUCGGGGUGGGGGUGGUCAGGCCCGUGCACGACUGGAUGAUCAAGCGCUCCAGCUCCGGGGAGGCCAGCUUGAGCAGGCCCACGUCGGGCGACGUGAGGACGUCCAGAGCCUUGGAGCCCAGAUGAGGCUUGAAGUUGCGCGGCUCGUUCAGGUUCAGGUUGAGGGUCAGGGACUGCUUGAGGGCUUUGGUGCUCAAGCCGUACAGCCUCGCCGCGUCGUGCUGCGGGUUGGACGCGUUCACGGAAACCGCGUCGUCGUAGAACGUCGCCUCCAUUUUCCCGGACAUGAAGUUCGCGUCGCUUUCGGAAAGCCUUCAAACCAGUGCGGCUCUUUACAUAUGACUCGCCUUUUUGCUCGAGUUCGAACGGCCCGACGAAACUUUGCUCUCGUUCACCGCGCGAUCAUCGGUUCAAAAAAAAAAAAAAAAAAAAAAAAAAAAAAGGCGUCGUUUCCCCGCCGCCAGCAACAAAAUGUCCGUACAAAUAUCCUUUCUUGGCGGAUCCUCGUCUUCAAACCGGGGGAGAAGAGGGGGGAAAACAACAAUCCAGUGCGUGAUUUGGGAUACUACUUUCUUUCGAUCGCUUCCAACGUGGAGACGAACUUUAUCCACCUCCGAGCUGCAGCUCCCCUGAAAAUAACAAUGAUGUCAUUUCGAAGGGUUGCCAUUGGCUGGGGAGGAUCGGUCGGGCGGGGCCUAUCUAUGACAUGGCGGUUGCUCUGACAACAGUCCAUGCCCCGCCCCCUCCCGCGCGGUGCUUGACGGGAUUAGGUCAUGCGGACGGUGGCGCGACGUACUCUGGGAUUACGUACGUGGUUUUGAAUAUUUCGUAAUUUCGUUCCCCGCUCGAUCGUUCUUGAGGAACGCAAACGGGCGAAUGAAUUCGUCCUUCGAGGGUCGGAGCAUAUUUCCGACCGGAAACGUCUUUAUCACCAUAGUUGCAAACUGCAUUUUUGUUUUGGCGUAGCAAUUCUCAACUGUUGGGUCGGGACCGAAAAGUGGCUCGCCGAUUCUCUACGGGUGGGUCGCAGACAGGUAGUCAAGAAUUACAGGAUCUUGGACUCCUGUACCACUCAAUGGUUUUCAUUUGAAUGUUCUAUAUUCACAACAUAGACUGUUGAAAGAAAGAAUGUACUGUAAUUAGGAUUUUACUACAGCAUCAGUGCAGAUGAGUCAGCGUUCCAGUAUUGUGUUUAAACUUGUAGGAGCGCAGCUGUGUUGUAAAAUGACAAUUCAUGUAAAAUUCCCGUUCAGCGAACAAUGGAAUUCGAAAAUAUCAUUUCAACGUGAGGUGUAACAGUCCAAGUAUUUGUACACGAGACAUACUCGCUUUGCUAAAAAGAAGUCGUCGGUGUGAAGAUGCAAAUGACAUUUUGUGGCCAUGUUAUGAACAAUUAUGGUUCCCGUAUUUAAUAUGACUCUAUUCCUUUGUGUACACGCAGUUGUAAUGCUCAUAAAUUGCUGUGAAAGCUACUUUGGACAUGUAAGCACAGUUUAGUGAUGGCGAUAUAUGUUUUCAAAGGCUAUUCUUGAACGAUACAUUUUCUUUUCGUGCAUCGUGUACAUAAAAGUGUGUCGUGACUCAACCGCAAUAGGAACAGGCGGGUGCCGGAACCACGGCCUAUAACGGGUACCACGUAUACAUAUGGAAGUAUUAACUAGUCUUAAACUGUACAAUGAAAACACGGUCAUUAUUAUUUUCCCCACAAAUGUAUGUAUUUUUUUCUUUAUGCCAAUACUGGUGAAAUAGAAAUAGUCACCAACAACACAUGCAACUUCAAGAACUUGUCGCCUUGCCUGUUUUUUUAAAAGCCGCCCGUAUUAGCUCAUUUCGAACGGAUUCCCUUGGAAUUUGUCAUUGUUCAUCGCCAUGCUAUUUUGAUUACAUUAUUAUUCACGUUUUUAGCUGAAAUUUCAUGCUGCUGUCUUGGCCAGGUCUCUCUUGCAAAAGAGACCUUGUUGAAGCCACCUGAUUAAAUAAAGUUUCCAGAAAAAAUAGAAUAGUGCUCAGAGGCCAAAAGGGAACUGUGGAGCAUUGUAUUUGUCUGUGAGUUACUUUGUGCUUCAUGGAGGAUGACCAACAGGUGGGGAGUGGCGGGUUCCACUGAUGUUAUUAUUACCCGCCCAAAAUCAUUUCCAGUAUCCCCACCGGUGACCCUCACCUAAAUCCCAAGGGUUGUCUUUGGCCCAUGCGCCACUUUUCAACAAAAUAUUUUGCACUUUUGUUUACUUCUGCUGGCAGUAUUUUGUCCUACCGAAUAACGUGUGUCAAAACAAGUUCAUUAACAACAAAGGCGGUGGUGGCCCGAAGACGGAUUUGCACAACACAAUACAUUGUUCGGUCUCAUUCGUUCAAACAGAAUGUAAUGAUUGCUGGAUUUUCCGUGCAGAAGUUGUUCAGUGUUCCACUCACACUGACAAUGAAUUAGUUCCCAACAGACUGAACGGCAUGCCGUAGCUUUCUGGCACGGUGUACUCACGCACAUCCAAUAUUCCCAGGGGGAGGACAACCACUCCAAAGCAGGGGUGUUAAACUUGUUUUCAUCACGAGGCAGAUCUUAGUCAUGGUUGCCCGCAGGGGGCUGGUUCCGCCGGUGAAACCGCAUCAAUGAAUCAGUGCUCGGGGUGGAACGGUACGCCAACAAUCUGGGUUUGGGGCUUGAGGCGGGAGAAAAACAAGUAUAUGUGAACUUUUUUGGAAUUGAUUACAUUUCUGCAUAAAUCAUUCAUCAAAUGUCGUCCGAUCUUCAUCGGGAUCAGAAGGGGGGAGACACUUCUUAAACGCAUACCACACAAUUACGGUAUGAUUUCAUUCUUUUUAAAAAAAAAAAAAAAAAAAAAAAAAAGCAAAACUCAGGACAGGGAGGAAAAGGUAAGUGAACCCCUGGAUUUAAUAACAGGUUGACCCUUGACCCUUUGGCAUUAAAAAGCUCACGCAAACAUUUGCUGUAGUUGCAGAUGUACACAACCGUCAGUGAUGAAUUUUGGACCAUCCCGGUUUGUAAAGCUGUCGCAGUUCAGCAAGAGUCCUGAGAUGUCUGUUGUGAAUCGCGGUCUUGAGGUCAUGCCGCAACAUCUCAAUGGGGUUGAGGUCAGGACUUUGACCGGGCCACUCCAGAAGAUGGAUUUUCUUCUUCUGAAGCCAUUCUCUUGUUGAUUUGCUUGUGUGUUUUGGAUUCUUGUGCUGUUGCAACAAAUAUCCUCUUUUGAGCUUCAACUGUUGGACAGAUGCUCUCAAGUUCUUCUGCACAAUAUCUUGAUGAACUUGUGCAUUCAUUUUUCAAUUGAUGAUAGCAAGGUGUCCAGGCCCGGCGGGAGAAAAGCACGCCCACACCCUGAUGCUCGCUCCACCAUGCUUCAAAGUUGGGAUCAGGUUUUGAUGUUGGUGUGCUGUGCCAUUUUUUUGCUCCCCACAUGGCAUUGUGUGUUCCUCACAAACAAUUCAACUUUGGUUUCAUCUGUUCACAGAAUAUUUUGCUCGUCGUGCUGUGAACAUCCGAGUCCUCUUUCGCAAAAUUCAAAGGUGCAGCAAUGUUGUUGUUUUUUUUCGACAGCAAUGGCUUCCUUCCACCUUGGUGUUCUCCUAUGAACCCUAUCCUCGUUUCGUGUCCUUCGUAUGGUAGUUUUGUCAUUGAUUGGACUCCAGGUUGGUUCACCCCUGACUCUGAUUAGCCCUUGGAGAAGCCAUAGCCUAGAGGUUCACUCACUUUUCCCUCCGUGUCAUGUUAAUAUUUAUGUUAUUUUCAAAAAAAUGAAUUGUUUGUGUGGUAUUAGGUUAAGCAGACGUUCUUGUGAUUUAGGUGAAGGCCAGACUAUAUUUUAUGACCAUUUUAUGCAGAAAUGUCAGAACUUCCAAAGGUUCACACACGUUUUCCUCCCAUUGUACCUUCUUUGUUUUAUAGUAAGGGAUCAAAAUACAAAACAAACUGCUUGUAGUUUGUAAAAACAGACACAGAUUUAAUGACUUUUGAAGUAAAACUACAUCUUAAAGCUUUUCGUUUUAGGAAAUGAAGAAUGCAGACAAGUGCAACUGUUUGAGCAGUCUGAAUUUGUCUGCUGUAAAAACAAAUAAUGGCAAUUGUUCUUGCUUUGGCUCCACCUGAAGAGCGCCAGAAAGAAAGGCUGAUUCAAUUGCACUGGAAGUUGCCUCUGUACCACGCUUUGCGAUGUGAUGGCGUCCGCUUUUUGUUGGCAUGUUUGCGUCUGGAAAGCCUAUGAGUCACCCCAUCGUAUUACAUAAAUGGCCCCGCAUUGUAUUGUUCUCAUUUGUACGAUGGAUAACUCGUUUUGAACAGAAGUCCAGGGACAAAAUUGUGGCAAGCUUUCACGGGCCACAUAAAAAGUCGUGACGGGCCAGAUCUAGCCCACGGGCCUUGAUUUCAACACCUUGGUAAUCGCUGGGUAAAAUCUGUUUCCUAUUUGCUUGUUCUCUCGCCUCGUGCAUUUGGUUAGCGUUGUACUGUGGCUCGCUUUCAAACAUCAUUUUCCCGACUCGCCUCCGUUUGUGCAGUUCCGGCCCUCCGACGAGUAGCAGCAGUGUUUUGUGUUCUCGCUCAGUUUUUCCCCUCCGCUGCAGCAGUCUUCAGAAAAUAGCAUUUUUGAAACUGUUUCCCCCCCCCCCCCCCCCCCCCCCCACCGCCCACGCCAGCUGCUCCCAACGGCACCGAGUUCUCCGAUCGCAAGCAAAGACCGAGAGAGAGGCCUUCGAUUCGGGCGGUGGGACAGUCCGGGCUCCGCUGGAACAAAAACAGACAAGCCACUAUGCACGUGGUGUAUUUGUUGAUGUAUCAGCUGAGCAGAGUUUGGAUUACUUUUAAGCACUGAGCAAAGGGGUGCACACGCCUGCACACACACAAACCAAGUAGCGAGAGAGACACAUGACAUUUCAAACAGUCUCAGUGCUGUUUGUUGAGUACCAUCUGUUUCUUCCUGUUGAUUUCGCCGCUCGCUCGCUCACUUGUUCGCCGCUGGUCCGCCGCUUCCUUUGAACGCUAAGAAAAGAACACAAUGGAGUUUCGACAGGAUGUCGUGAAGAACUCCUCGAAUGAAGCCGCCUUCACGUGGAACGGCGACAGUGUCGGCUUCAUAUUUAGUGUAUGCUUUUAUUUGGUCUUGGCGGCAGAUGAUGACUAAACUCUCAUACGGUCAUUUUCUUUGUAACUUUCCAUUGAAGUACUUCAUUGAGGACUGACCGUAAGAUGUUACCGUACCAUGCGGACACACGAAUGGAGAAAGUUUGGAAUAUGGGCUUCCAAAGCUUUGCGGUAACUUUAAUCCUUAAAGAUAUUGAGGGGGAGUUGACGGAUUUAAUAGUAGUUGAUCGCUUCAUUAAAUAUAUUUAACACAUUACAAUCGACUGCGAUUGGCUGACGACCAGUGGAGGGCGUACCCCGCCUCUCGCCCAAACUCAGCUAGGACAGACUCCCGCUCACCUCUGACCCUGUGAGGACAAGCGAUACAGAAAACUUAUUUCAAAUAUACAAACGUUUGUGAAAGCAUGCAGACAGCAACAUCCGUAAUUCCGGCGAGGAAGUAGGGUGGGCUGUGAAAAACUAGGACAAUUUUGUUUGGAGUUAGAGUGUUAGGGUGGGGGGAAAAGGUGACAUUAAUAAUUGCCUUUUCACUGUUGACUGUUCAAAAGUAAAACACUCAAAUUCAAGGACAGAUGUCAGUUUUUAAUAGUUGAUUCCAAGUUAACGUGUAUAUAUAACACUCCCCUCUGCCUUAGCGUUAUUUAUUCUCUGCAUCAUUUUGUCACAUUUUUUUGUGAAAUUUUUUUCAUUCCCGUCAACACAAACUUGGAGUUGCAUCCCAAUUUUGUUGUACACUGCAGAUACUGUCCAUGCCAUACAAUGAGAAUCAAGGCUUUCUAUUCUAUUGUAAUUUCAACAUAGAUGCACAACAACAAUGCAACGACGACGGGCCAAUUUUAGGGUGCAUCGCUCAUUUAUAUGUGGACAUCUGCAAUGCCGGGCACGCUUAUUCUUCCGGAAUCAAUUCCGCUCAACGUCGGCUCAAUGGAAAAAGGCACUUUGGUGCUUUUUGUCCUCUCUCUCGAUCCGUUCUCCAAGAGACUCCCUGGCUCAAAGUGCAGUUUCUUCUUUCUUGGCCGAAAGAAAACCUUCACUUGAGCCACCGGGUGAGUCCAGAAAUGCUGCUAAAAUAUAACUCAAAGUUGCUAACUAUAUUACGUCCAGCCCCCCUUUUUUAUUUUUAUUUUUAUUUAUUUUUUUUGCUGUCGCCGGCGCACCGAAUGUUUUCUUGUAUGCGGACAUUUGGAGCGAAUGUGUGUUUUGAAGGCAGACUCGCAGAGCGACCGAGCUGCGGCGGCGGCGGCGGCGGCGACGUCGUCCUCAUGGCCGCAGUCUACUACGUGGGCGUGGACGUGGGCACCGCCAGCGUGAGGGCCGCCCUGGUGACCCGAGAGGGUCACUUGAAGAGGGCCGCUCAGGAGCCCGUCAGCAUCUGGGAGCCUCACCCUGACCAUUACGUGCAGUCCUCUCGCGAGAUCUGGGAGAAAUGCUGCGCCGUUGUCAAGGAAGUGACACGGGGAGUGAGCAAGAGCCAGGUGCGAGGGAUCGGUUUUGACGCUACCUGUUCCCUGGUGGUUUUGGACCGACGCUUCCAGCCUUUGCCAGUCAAUCAGGAUGGAAACGAGCAGAGGAACGUGGUGAUGUGGAUGGACCAUCGCGCCGCGGAGCAGGCCGCUCGCAUCACCGCCACGGGCCACGGCGUCCUGAGUCGGGUCGGAGGAGUCAUGUCGCCGGAGAUGCAACCGCCCAAGCUCCUCUGGCUCAAAGAGAAUCUCAGGGAAAGCUGCUGGAACAAAGCUGCUCACUUCUUUGACCUUCCAGACUUCCUCUCAUGGAAGGCCACCGGCUCUCUGACCAGAUCCCUUUGCACUCUGGUUUGUAAAUGGACGUACUGUCCCCCGGUGGGAUGGGACGUGACGUUUUGGACCUCAAUAGGACUGGAUGAUCUCACUGAAAACAACUUUACCAAAAUAGGCAACGUGACGUGUUCUCCGGGGACUCCUCUCGGGGACGGCCUGACUCAGGAGGCAGCAGCGGAUUUGGGUUUAGAUUUCGGAACUGCAGUUGGGGCCUCGCUCAUCGACGCUCACGCCGGAGGCCUGGCUGUGAUAGGAGCAGAUGUAAAAGGCUUCCGGCUGCCGUGUGAGGGCCAGCCAAUCACAUCACGCAUGGCCAUGAUCUGCGGGACAUCUUCCUGUCACAUGGCCAUCAGUGGGCAGCCGCUGUUUGUGCCAGGCGUGUGGGGUCCCUGCCUGUCUGCCAUGGUCCCGGACGUGUGGCUUAACGAGGGGGGCCAGAGUGCCACGGGACGCCUGAUUGACCACAUGGUGAAGGGCCAUGCCGCUUUCGCGCAGCUCCGGGAAAAGGCGCGGCAGAGAUGUCCCGCCACAGGGGACGACGGCAUCUACGGCUACCUGAACGACCACCUCAGCAGAAUGUCUUCGUCGUGUUCGGCCGUUGACUUGCUGGCCUCCAGUCUUCACGUGUGGCCAGACUUUCACGGGAACAGGUCCCCGCUGGCUGACCCCGCCUUGAAGGGCAUGGUGGUGGGACUGUCGCUUUCUCAAACGCUGGAUGACUUGGCUUUGCUCUACUUGGCCACCAUGCAAGCCCUGGCGCUCGGUACACUUCACAUACUGGAGGCCAUGAAAGAAGCCGGGCAUGACAUUAAAACCAUCUUCUUAUGUGGAGGAUUGAGCAAGAACAGCCUGUUUGUGCAGACUCAUGCCAAUGCAACAGGCUUGCCUGUAGUGUUGCCACAACAGACAGAGGCUGUCUUAGUGGGAGCAGCAGUUCUUGGAGCGUGUGCGUCCCAGGACCAUGGCACUAUACAGGUGAACAGGCUCAUCGGGAACAGGCGGGGGCCACGAUUGGCUAGAAAAGGAGCUUCCCGGAAUUGCUCAGUAGUCAUUCGCCAGCAAAGAUGGGACGAGGUUCACCUCUUUGUGAACAAGUGCGGGACAAAAUAGUCCAACAGUCUAAGGACAAUUUUCCUCUAGGUACAAUUGCAAAGGAAUUUAGGGAUUUCAUCAUCUACGGGCCAACAGGGAUCAAAAUUAAUAUUCUUGAAUGAAUACCUCUGUGACAGUCAAUAAGUCAAAAUUUUGUAUCAUUCACUUAUCUUUCAAUCAUUAUGUACAUUUGACAUUUUUUAAAAAGCUUUUUUUAAAAAAAAAAUAUAUAAAUAUGGCUCCUGGGUAUCAUUGGCUCGUGUGUCCAGUUCCUCAUGAUUUAGUGUGUUAGUGUCAUUGACUCACCCCUUCCAUCUAUUGGGUGAGCCUUUAAAAAAUGAUUUUCUACCAGCGCACUCCAGUAUUUCACUGAUUUUCACUGAAUAGAGCCUUAUUUCUGCACAGUGUGUGCGUUUUAAUAUUCCGAAUGUGUGCUGAAUCGUCUUUUGCCCGGUCAAGUUAUCAUCCGUGUCAUCUCUCAGCAUCGGAUCUCAUCACAGCAGAGAAUGGUGAGCCUUUAAGCCAGAUACACUAAAAAUAAGACAUUAUUGUUGGGACGAGGCUGCACCUGUCACGCCCGCCUCGCAAAAGACAGUUGUUGUGUCUGAGCCGCUGGAUUGUUGGGUGGCUUUAAAGCGCGCAGAGGCCGCGCACUGCGUAAGUCAUGAGCUGAGCCGCAUCCAAACCACCGGAGCCCAAUUCUUUCUCCAACUGGGUCACGGUCGGCCUGGAAGUGCACGACGUGAUUUAUUUAUUAG